AAGCCAACUGAGAGCAGGAUAUCAGUGAUAGUUUCGUAAUACCUCCAAAGUGGUCAGAACUGUACUGCGGACUGAGCUUGAAAAACAUUCCCGUUCGAUUUCGGUUAGGCUGCUGGCAGCCGAAUACCCGUUCGUACACAGGAGCAGGUUUCCUUAUUAUCUCGGAUCACCAUACUAACGGCUGACUGGAACCUCUAUAACUGUUACAAUUUUACUGUUUGGAGAACAAAGUACCGGUUAAAUUGCAUCACUGACCUCCACCAUGCAAGUCAAGACAGUCAUUGUUUAUGGAAUAGCUGUCAUCCUUUGCCAUCUUUGCGAUGCCGAUAAAUUAAAUAACGUAGAGCACGUUUUGGUGAAGCGUCAGUAUACGUAUGCAACGCCUUCCGCGCCGGCCACACCUCGGUCGGUCUCCGCGGCAUCCUACACCAACUACUACCAGAGCGCCUACACAUCCGCCCAGUCCGGCUAUCCGGUGUUCAGUGGGCCGAGCACUCUGUCCUUCUCUUUCGGCGGCACACAGCCCGUUGACGGGUCCAGCUCGGUAACAACAUUUGGAACUUCCAAUUCUAUCGGGCAAGGCGCUAGUACGUCUGGUUUCGCAUCAACAUCCGGCCUGUCCUCCUCCAAUCCCAACGUCGUAAUAUUCAGCGCUCAACCGGUGACCGGAAGUGCGUCAUCGUCCCUGACCUUUCCUAGCAACAGUAAUUCCGCACUGACUAGUCCAUUGUAUGGUGGCUCACCUUCUUCGUCCGCGUUAACAGCCUAUCCGCAAGGUUCGGGAGCUGCAGGCUCAGCCCCCAAUUGCGUACAGUCGGCAUAUAAUCUGACCAUUCCCGACAACACCGCGGUGGGUGUUAUUGUGUUGCGCGUACUGGCCACCGAUCCACAAGGCCGGCCACUAACGUACACCAUUGCGGAUCCGGUUUUCGGAUCAUUCAAUAUCAAUGCCCAGUCCGGGGAUAUUACAGUGGCGUCCAAUUUGGUUAAUUUCGCUCGUGCUAUUGAGUUCGCCGUACAGGUCACCAAUUCAUUGAACCAGCAAUGUACCUCCAAUGUUCGGAUAAAUUUCAUCAAAACAUCCUCGUCGCUGACUGCUGUUACUCCCAGUGGAUACGGCUAUGGAUCGGACACCACACCUACACCGUACAACCCCUACAUGCCCACCGGCACCCCGGUGCUGGCUUACACUCCCCGUCCUGGACUGUACAACCAGUACACCCAGCCGACACCUGCUCCCACUGCCGGUUACGGAUCUGCCAACCUCAUCGCCACCACAGUGCCACCCCCGGCGCCGGUGACCUUUCCCAAUUACUUCAACCCCCCACCGGCCGUCACCUUUCCAUCGUACCCAUCGGGCAAUCUGGUGGCCACCACACCGUAUCCGGUCUACAACGCACCCACCCCGGGAUACGGCUCACCGUCCGGUAAUCUGGUGGCCGUUACACCUGCGCCGGUUAAUACUUACGGUGGCAGUCCUAGCUACAGUGGUAAUUUGGUGGCCACGACACCUUAUUUCGUGUAUAAUGCACCCGCCCCGGGAUACGGGUCCCCAUCGGGCAAUCUGGUGGCCACUACGCCGAUGCCUUAUGUGCCCGUGACGUUACCCAAUUAUGUUAACAAUCCACCGGUGACCUUUCCCACCAACGGACAGCUGAAUACGGGUUAUGGUAAUACAGCGCCUUUGGUGGCCACACCCGCGCCUCCGUACCCGGUCACUUUUCCAUCCAACGGCCAACUGAACACGGGAUAUGGGAAUAACGCGCCUUUAGUUGCCACACCAGCGCCGCUUUAUCCUGUUACGUUUCCCAGUAUUGGAAAUCUUUUCAAUGGAGUCUCCACUGUUGCCACUAUCCGCACAGACAAUGGUAACAAAGCGUUGGGUUCGGACGGAAUUCCCAGUUCGCCCGCGACCACCAUGAAUUGGUCAUUCUUCGUGCCAAAUUACUCCGGCACAUCCACCUUGGUCGGCAAUCUCAAUAUCCCCGGUAUGAAUCAGUUCACAUUCACGCCCCGUGGGAAUCCGUUCAUUGUGGUGGACCCGCGAACGGCAGACGUGACACUGGCCAGUGGCUACUGUCCACCCAGCAGCCCCACCCAAGAAGUGGUCAUUAUCCAAGGCCGCGACAUGGCUGGCAACGGGAUGCAAGGGAAUUUGUCCAUUGUCAUCUUUUCCUCACCGUCAUAUGUUCAGUCCUGUCAAAGUAAUCCUGUCCAGCCGCCAACUACUCCGACUUCCGCUCCGCCGCAACCGGUUACAUCGUUGCCGCUAAUGCCCACGCCGUCACCACCGGGAGCGGUCUCCGUUACUUUUGCCGGGGAUACUUCGUUUACCGUAAACCAAUGCCAGCCAAUGUCCAGUGCGCCUGCAGUGGCAGGAUCAUUCCGAGCGAAAUUCAGUCCCAACGUGGAUUUCUCGAAGCUGCGAAUUACAAUUUCAAACAGCCUUUUCCAACCCGCACUUCCGGUGGUCUGUGAUCAAAAUUUUCAGUGCAACAUCACACUAGUUUUCUCCCGGCCAAUGGACAGUAGCCUGCAGGGAUCAUACUUAAUAACGGCAAAUUUCGAAGGGGGUGGUCUGCCGACAACAUCGCAGCGCCUGCAGGUGUCCGUGCAGUGCGGAUCGCUGCAGUCCGAUCAAACUCCGUCCGUGCCACCACGCACGGUAGCUAGCGAUCCAUCGUUGAUUGUUCCAGAACUUCCGCCCUGUGGUGUGGCAUCGGUUCCUAUUGAUGUUAACGAAGACACACCUGUUGGUACCGUGGUAGCCAGUCUGCCUUCCACUCCAUCGCCCGGCUUUCGGUUCCAAAUCGUUGACGCGUCUGCUACCGGAUAUUUCGACAUCUCAGACCAGGGUUUCGUGGCUGUUGCCAGUCCGUUGUCGGAACCAACUGUUGAUUCGGUUUAUCUGCGAGUUGCCGGACAAAUCAAUAAUCAGUCGGUGUGUGGUACAGAUGUUCUCAUUGGCAUUAAGAACGUCAACUUACGAAAGCCAGAGUUCGACCAAGUUUCAUACAGCUUUGCCGCUGACUGCAAUAUUCCAUCGAUCCCCAUUGGGACUGUGACUGCAUCGGAUUCAGAUAGUGGACGGAACAAUAUUCGCCGAUUCUUCGUUAACCCGGAAGAUACAGCUAUUGCUACCAUCGACCCGGCUAGCGGUACUCUUCGAUUAAGGAGCAGACUGCGCGAGUCAACAUCGUUAUUGGUAUUUGUCGAAAAUCCCGGUACAAAUCUGAGAAGUUCGGCAUUAGUGCAGAUCAGCUGUACAGGUGACAACUCCAUAGUCCAACUGGGAGGAUUUGGCGGAAGGAGCGCACCACGUCCGACCACUACAACCCAAAGGUCGAUCCCGCGAAACGUAAUGGCUUCGCUUAGAGUGGAUCCGCGAGCGCAUACUGCUGUGUCCUCUAAUCAGCCUGCUUCGUAUCCCUUUACGGUGUCAAUAAGGCGUUCGUAAGCUCACUAUAUCAAAUUUUGCGAAAGCUUCUUGCAGAAUGUUUAUUAAAAAAGAGGAAAAUAGCACUUUUAUCAGCAUGCAAAACGACAGAAAUACAUAGAGCACUGUAACAGAAGGUUAUUUAUAAACUUAA